CCCAUCCAGAAUAUGGUUUCUAUUAAUUCUUCUCAAGUCUCAACUUACUUGUGUUCUAAAAAAAAAUGGCGGCUGCUUUUGCUUCCAGAUUAUCCCGAGGAGGACGUUCAUUGCUUGGAGGUCUUAACAAUGGUGGUUUGAUUAAUUCUUCUAAUGGAAUGAUGAAUGAAAGUAUCCUCUCUCAGCAGCAACAGCGAAGGACAUUCAUUCAGAUGGGGACAGUUCUCAAAGUCGUGGACAAUUCGGGUGCAAAGAAAGUGAUGUGUAUUCAAGCUCUAAAGGGUAAAAAAGGAGCUAGACUUGGCGAUACUAUAGUUGCUUCAGUGAAAGAAGCAAUGCCAAACGGUAAAGUGAAGAAAGGAGCGGUUGUGUAUGGUGUGGUUGUUCGUGCUGCGAUGCAGAGAGGUCGUGUUGAUGGAAGUGAAGUUCGGUUUGAUGAUAACGCGGUUGUUCUUGUCGACAGUAAAGACAAGAAUACUAAAACCGAUCGCCAGCCGAUUGGUACUAGAGUGUUUGGUCCUGUUCCGCAUGAGCUUCGCAAGAAGAAGCAUCUCAAGAUUCUUGCUUUGGCUCAACACAUUGCUUGAGACGCAACAAAAACCCUAAACCUCUUCAUGUCUUUUAUUCAUGUAAACUCUAGUUACCACAUUUUUUUUUUCGUGUUCUACUGAAUCAAGAAGUUCCCAAUAU